AUGAGGGUUCUCCAAGGUUUUGUUUCUUCCCUCUUACUCUCGGGCGCGGCCAUUGUGUCUGCAGCUUCUUCUUGGAGUUUUGAAGAUGCUACCGUGACUAUUUCCAGCAAAGGUGCUGGUGUUGGCGGAGGUUCAAAGGACAAACUGAGUCCCUCAACACCGCUGGGUAAAUCUGUAUCUUUGGGCGCGACCGAUACGUUGAAGCUUGUCCUCACAACCCUCGACGGAAGCACUGCGAAGCGACCUCAUCAGGCGUUCCUUACUCUGACUGAGCCAACGAUGGGCUUGGAGGAGUCUUUUGUAUUCAACGUGAAGGACAGUGGCAAGGGAAAGGUGGAUUUGUCUCACAAAGACCUACCCCACCAAUUCUUGACCUCUGAGAAGCCUAUCGUCGCAUCGAUUGUCAUCGGAUCGUUUGGGUCUUCCGCACCAUACAAGAGCAAAGCGUUCGAUCUCGCCGUUACCCGCGACCCUAGCGUCCCCCUCAGCGUCCCCGCGCCGCCCGUCCGCUACGCCGCCGAAUCUGAGAUUCACCACAUCUUCCGCGAUGACCCCAAGUCUCCACCCAAGAUCAUAACGAUUGUCUUCGCGGCUGCUGUUGCUGCUGCGCUACCUAUCCUGCUUGGCGCGUGGGCUAUGCUGGGCGCAAAUGCUAAUCAUCUUAGCAAGGCGCUUGGCAACGCACCUGUCUCGCAUGGCCUCUUCUAUGGCUCCAUACUGGCCAUGGAGGGCAUUUUUUUCCUAUACUACACUAGCUGGAACCUCUUCCAAACUUUGCCCGCAGCAGCUAUCGUAGGAGCUGUUGCCUUCUUGAGCGGUAGCCGGGCCCUGUCGGAGGUUCAAGAGCGGAGACUCGCUGGACAGAGAUGA